AGAAUAUUUAUAUUUCUCAUUUCAAGAAAAAUUUCAGACUGCGUAGUCUGCUAUACAAACUAAGUAUGCUUCGGCUACUUUAUCCUAUGUCAAAAGUACAGUGCGAAGAGAAAUAUAAAUUAGACCUCAACAAUGAUAUUCAAAGAGAAGAUAAAUUUGGAGUAAUCACUCUUAAGAGAAAUCGAGCAUGAACUUUAUAACCGAAAAUAAUGAACAAUUGUCUGGACAGCAGCGUUCUGGAACUAAUAGUGGCAUGAUAAUAUUUCCUGAAAUGCCGAUCAAGAAAAUCUGUGGUAUUGGAGCAGGUUACGUGGGUGGUCCAACCUGCAGUGUAAUAGCCCUAAUGUGUCCAGAAAUUCAAGUUACAGUCGUUGACAAAAGCAAAGACAGAAUUGCUCAGUGGAAUUCUGAAAAACUACCUAUUUAUGAACCACGACUCGACGAGGUCGUGCGAACGUGUCGGAACAGAAAUCUUUUCUUUUCCACGGAUCUGGAUACAGCCAUUAUGGAAGCAGACCUGAUCUUCAUAUCAGUGAAUACGCCAACGAAGACGUUUGGCACUGGAAAAGGCAGAGCUGCCGAUUUGAAAUACGUCGAGAGUGCGGCUAGAAAAAUAGCGGAAAUUGCAACGGGUGACAAAAUAGUUGUUGAGAAAAGUACUGUGCCGGUUCGAGCUGCAGAAAGUAUUUUGAAUAUUUUGCGUGCGAAUCAUAGACCUGGUGUCUCUUACCAAAUCCUAUCAAAUCCGGAAUUCUUAGCGGAAGGAACGGCGAUCGAAGAUCUUCUGAAUGCUGACCGUGUGCUCAUAGGAGGUGAAGAUACUCCAGAAGGUCACGCAGCAGUAGAAGAACUCUGUAAGGUCUACGAGCACUGGAUACCACGUAAAAACAUUUUAACAACCAACACGUGGAGUUCCGAACUUUCUAAACUGGCUGCUAAUGCAUUUUUGGCACAACGUAUAUCAAGCAUAAAUUCACUAUCAGCAGUAUGCGAAACUACUGGAGCAGAUGUGUCUGAAGUUGCACGAGCAGUUGGUCUUGAUUCCAGAAUCGGUUCAAAGUUCCUUGAAGCAUCAGUUGGUUUUGGUGGUUCCUGCUUUCAGAAGGAUAUACUCAAUUUAGUUUACAUUUGCGAGUGUCUAAAUCUUCCUGAAGUUGCUGCUUAUUGGCAGCAGGUCAUUGACAUGAAUGAAUAUCAAAAGUCCCGAUUUUCCGCGAAGGUCAUCGAAUCUCUUUUCAAUACAGUUUCGGACAAGCAAAUCACUAUACUUGGAUUCGCUUUCAAGAAAAACACUGGCGACACCCGCGAAUCGCCUGCGAUUCAUGUCGCGAAAACUCUGCUCGACGAAGGUGCUAUGUUGCAUUUAUUUGACCCGAAAGUCGAGGAAGAACAGAUAAUCGAAGAUUUAACUCAUCCUACGGUGACGGAUUGUCCAGAAUAUGUGAAAAGUCGUGUCACUAUUUAUCAAGAUGCGUAUACUGCCACAAGGGAUACCCACGCCAUUGUCUUGUGCACAGAAUGGGACGAAUUUAAAACUCUCGAUUAUAAUCGAAUUUACUCAGAAAUGAUGAAACCCGCGUACAUCUUUGAUGGAAGGAAAAUCCUUGACCACGAUGCUUUACAAAAAAUCGGAUUUAUAGUACAGACAAUCGGCAAGAAAUUGACGAAAACUACAUUAGCGGGCUCGUGGGAUAGCUGAACGUGAAUAUAACAAUGGAGCUAGGUAUACAUGCAUAUCUAUGCCAUGAAGCAAUUUCCUCUGAUCCUAUGAAGCGUGUAAGAUAAACAAGCGAUCGAUUUGUGUCCAUCGAUAGAAAUGUAGAAAUGAGUAGCUACUGGUAAAUAAUUGUAUAGAAUAAUUUACAGGGCUAUCUUAUAAUUUAUAAUGAAAACGAAAAAUAUUUUUACAAGAUUACAGACUACAGACACUAUAUACAGACAUUUAUCUAUUAUAUUAGAAGUGUCUACUUUUUGUACUUUAUAUGACAAAAUCGUUAUUCUAUUUUUGUUUGCUAUUAAUGUUACUGGCUAAACAUAGAAUGGCACUUACAAGGAACACAAUUAUCAUAUUAACUUUUGCAACAAUACAUUUUUGGAAAAAUUCUUAAAUGACCGAUUGCAUUAUUUAAAAAAAUCGUAUGUGAAUCGUGAAUACACUGCAUUUGAUUUUAUUCAUUUCUGUCAACCACAAGAAAAAUGUGGUCUCAACUUGAUCGCUUUUGGACCAGUAUUUACUCAAAUUCCUCAAUGUAAUUUAAAUCUAAUAUUUUUGUACGAAACAGAUUCUAUCUGUUAGUCAAUAAGAAUUAUUAUUGGAUAAAGGUAAUGUCUAGGUAACUACAUGUACUGGAUAGUCCGCUAGAAUUAUAGAAUACCAUCUAAUUAUCUUCUUUUGAAUUGACGUUACGCUAGUUACAUAUUAACAUACAUUGUUUCUAGUGGAUCAUCCUGUACAGUAAUGGCGAACAUCAUUGCGGUAUCUAAAUUUAAGUAGUCAGACUAUAUUAGCAGGACAUAAAUAGUUAUCUUCGUAGUUAUAACAAUCAUGGCCAUUAACAAAGGUUCUUUAACUCUUUAAGUAAGGAAAGUUAUUAAGUUAUUCUUUGCUGACCUUUGCUUGUAUUCAGACCUAAACUUAUCACUUGAAGUUAGUCUCCUAUUUGAUUCUUAUGAGAAAAUCAUUUCAAGUGGUAUGUAUGGAUAGUAUUAGCCGUUACAUACAAAUAUGAAAUAAACUUUUAUAAAAUAUAAAGUGAAUAUGAAAUUUUAUCGAGAAAUAUUAAUUCUCAAAUUCAUUGGGUUAAUAAGCCGAAUGGGUGAAUGGGUUAGAGAAAUAAAAAGAGAGACGAAAGUCAUUGAAAAAUUAAAGAGCAAUAUGACCCAUUAGGUUAACCCAUUCGCUGCUAUGUACUUUUAUUUAACACGUUUGUCGCGCAUUGAAUACUGCGAGUAUACGAUGGCUACAACAACAGCAAUGCAUAGCAGCGAAAGGGUUAAUGAAUAUUUCAUGACAUAAUUCCAGAAAUUGAAGAUCAUGAUUAUGAUUAGUCAAUAAGAUGGUGUUAAUUUAUUUAAAUUAUGACACCCUUAAUUUUAGAUUAUACCAAUAGUUGCGAAUUGAUAUGCGAGUCGUAUAUAUAUUAUAUACAGGGUGUUUCGUUAAAAAUGGGGUUCGAGCGCGAGGUCACAAAUUUCCUUGGCCCAUCACAACAAAAUUCGCCAUUUUAAACGAAACACGUUAUAUUUUUUCAUUAUAUUUAUACACAACGUUCUUGAAAAUUCAUAGUUUGUUCAAAUUAUUUAUAAAUAAAUAUUUUCGAAAAAAUCCAAAAAAUAUUAUAUUAUAAUAAAAUUCAAGCCUGUCACUUAUUCGUGAACAAGUAUAGAUACUAGUAAGUUGUCAAACGAUUAUUUUAAACGUAAAAAGUUGUACAAUUAAAUGCAAUAAUUACAUAAAAUUAUAUCGAUGAAAAUUAAAAAUAAUUCAUUUAAGAGAAAACAAUUUAGACUCAUGACUUUUGCUAGUGGUACUUAAUAAAUAAUAUUUAAAAGUCAGCAAUAUCGAGAUAAAUAUCUAUUGCAGUAAUUUACGAUAAUGCGUGAAUCAAUCAAUGUCUGCGGUAUACAAUAAAAUAAUAAUAAUCAUUUAUGAAUUUUACUUAAGACAUGGAUCAUUUAUGACAACUCGUGAAUUAAACGACAAACGUAGUCUUCUUGAUUUAUCUGAUAAUCCGGUUGCAUUCCAUUGUAAAUAAUAAUAAUAAAACUUGUAUAUAUAAUAAUGAUUCAGAUAUAUUUUUUAUAAAUUAAAUUGUAAAGAUUG